AAUAUACUACGGUCCCUAUUAACUGCAAGAUUACCUCGGCCCCGAUAAGACGUUAGCGCCUGCCAGAGCUAUACCAAGCAUGUGCCUCGCCAGCCUAACCCCUCUACAAAUCGUAUAUGGGCGAUAACAGUCAAUUAUCAUUCGGUUACCACCGUCACCGUGCACGGUGGCUCAAAACCCUAGCGCUAUCUCAGUCGAUACUCUGAACUUUCCCAGUAUCCUGUUUUCCUCUUUGAUCUAUAAUAAUCCGUGGGUUGUCCACUUGGCUUAAUGAUCGAAUCGGGACUGCCAAACCCUAGGGCGGUUAUUGGAGGCAACUUUGCCAAUUCUAAGCAAAUGCUAAAUGACGCAUCCGCCGGAAUUUCGAAGACCACUCUGCCCUCAACACUCGACCGUUUUCGGUCCAUGCUGAAAGAGAGAGAUGAGGUCAGGCUUUCUUUGGAGAAUGGCGUCGUUUCUCCCCCGACCAUCGAUGAGGUUGUGAGGCUUUACGAGAUUGUGUUGUCGGACUUAACAUUCAAUUCGAAGCCUAUCAUUACUGAUCUGACCAUAAUUGCCGGGGAGCAUAGACAAAGGGGCGAGGGCAUUGCCGAUGCAAUAUGCACUCGUAUUCUGGAGGCCCCAGUUGAGCAGAAACUGCCAUCUCUUUACCUUCUUGAUAGUAUUGUGAAGAACAUAGGGAGGGAAUACAUAAGACACUUCUCUGCCCGUUUGCCUGAGGUUUUUUGUGAGGCAUACAGACAAGUCCACCCCAACAUGAUUCCUGCCCUUCGCCACCUCUUUGGUACCUGGUCUACAGUUUUCCCAUCACCUGUCCUCUGCAAGAUUGAGGCUUGCCUCCAGUUUUCCCCAUCCACAAGCCAUCAAUCUUCUGGAUUGACGAACAUGAGAGCUUCUGAGUCUCCUCAGCCAAGUCAUCAUGGAAUACAUGUAAAUCCAAAAUAUUUGGAAGCAAGAAGGCAAUUGGUAGGCGCUGAAAAGUUGAGCUCAGCUGGUCAUGCUGGACUUGUAUCUUCUGACGUAGAUGCUGUAAAAUUGUUCCCAGCUGCAAGGUCAUCCUCUCCUUAUGGUGUAGGACGUGCAAGAUCAAUUUCACCACCAGUUGAUGAUUUUGAUCUGGAAAAUUCUCCAAGAUUCACUGAAAGAGAUAUUCCAUCUCAUGCUAGGGUAGAUUGUGGGCUUAGUGGAGUAUUGCCUGGUGCUGAUGAUACAAUUGACUGUAACAGAAAUCAUUUUCACGCUGAUAGCAUUCAACAGUUGGAAAACUCUGUUUCAUGUAGUUUCAGAAAAGGAGUUUGCCCUCAGGGACCCAGAGCUCUGAUUAAUGCAUAUGGAAUUGAUGAAAGGGAAAAAGAAUUUAGUUAUAAUCUUCAUAAGCUUGGCCAGCCAGAAGCAAAUGGUAAUGGCAAAAGGGUAGGUGUUAGAACAUGGAUCAAUACUGAAGAGGAAGAAUUUAAUUGGGAAGACAUGAGUCCAACUUUGGGUAAUGCUCAUCGGCGUAAUGAUAUUUCAUCAUCUAUGCUACCACCUGGGAGAUAUUUUGCUCGUCCCCGUGUUGGUCCUCUUCAGGAUGCAUCUACGAUCAAUGAAUCUAGAAGGAGCUUACCAGAUCAGACCCUUCAUUCUUUACCUGGAAGAGGGGAUACUAGUAAGAUCAGUGGGCUGUCUAAUGAGGUUUCUCUUAUUCCAGCUUCAAAUUAUAGUCAAGAAUCUCAUUAUCCUGUUCAAAGUUCCCAACAGUUAUCUCAUCACCAUAUCAGGGUUGAAGGAGGCGGAAAGGCUCCCACAGUGCAUCUCUCAGGAGCUGGACUUUCAACCGGAGAACACAAGCAUCAUUUGCUUGAUCUUUUAAAAAAUGUAGAUGGAAACAUUUGGAGGCCUCCAAGAAACAACUCUUCAACAUCGAAUCUUUGUCUUAACUCCCCAAUUCAGGAUGCUCAAUUGGUUAAUGUGGGGAUUUCAAAUGGUGCAUGGACCUCACCGGGCAUGCACAAUCCUCAGUUAUUGAAUUCAAUUCCUAUGAUCCUUCCUCGAAAGGGGACAAGAGAUCAGUAUGAUGCAAUGAAAGCAGUUUCUAGUCAUGCUCGGAACGAGAGACAUAUGGAUAACAUGGACCUCAAACCACAGUUUGCGCUGCCCCGUUUGGGUGUUCAACAUCCUGGUGCAAUCAUAUCAGAUCAACAAAGGUUUGGACAGAUUGGGCUAUCACAACCACCGCUGCAUUGUCAGGAUCAUCUUCUGCAUAAUACUGGCCCACUAGGCUCUGUUGUCCCAACUCGCAAUGUGGCACCAAAAUUAAAUUUUUUGUGCCCUCGUCAAGGUCAUGGUGGUUCUAUUAUGCCAAUAAUGAAUAUCCCAAAUCAUACUUCUUUAGAGUUCCCUCGAGCAGCCCUUCGGCCGCCACCCAUGACUAGAUUUACAGAUCAUGCUUCUGUUGCUGCACCUCAAAUGAUGCCAACACUCCAAACUUGCGGUCAAAGCAGCCAAAGUGGUGCACCAUCCCAAGGCAGCUCCUUUUCCAGUCUGAUCAGCACCUUGAUGGCUCAAGGUCUGAUAUCGUUAUCACACCAAGGCACAUCACAGGACUCUAUUGGUACUGAGUUUAAUGUGGAACUCCUUAAGGAGCGACAUGAGUCAACAAUAGCUGCUCUAUACUCUGCUCUUCCUAGACAGUGCACAUCAUGCGGGAUGCGUUUCCAGUCCCAAGAUAUCCAUAGCAGCCACAUGGAUUGGCAUGUAACCAAGAACCGAAUAUCUAAAAACCGGAAGCAGAAUCCUUCUCGCAAGUGGUUUGUAAGUCUCAACAUGUGGCUCAGUAGUGCAGAGGCUUUGGGCACCGAUGUGGUUCCUGGAUUUCUUCCUGUCGAAGAUGUCGUGGAGAAGAAGGAUGGCGCUGAUGAACUUGCUGUUCCUGCUGAUGAUGACCAGAAUGCUUGUGCACUGUGUGGGGAGCCUUUUGAUGAUUUCUAUAGUGAUGAGACUGAAGAGUGGAUGUUCAAGGGCGCUGUCUACAUGAAUGCACCACAAACUUGGGGGCCAACAUCCGGGACAGAUCGGUCUCAGUUAGGACCAAUUGUGCAUGCAAAAUGUAGGUCCGAGUCAAGUGCAGAUGGUUCGAAGAAACACAUUGAGGUUUAUUAUACAGAUGGUUGAAGUAUGGGAAAACAACUGCGCAGUUAACAUUAGUAGAUGAGCUUGUUAGGUGCUUUGUGUAAUAUUAUCCUGAGGGUCCAUAAUUGUCGGUUUCAUUCAUGUACUUGUACAGAUGUUAUUGUACCAGUCAGAUGUUCUUUCACCAAAGAAGGUUACAAAAAUAGAUUUGCAAUAUUUCUCUGGCUUGCCCCUUUUCAUUCAGAAUUCUACCAAUUUGCUGAAUGGUUGUCGAUUCAUAAUUUCCUGCUUAUAGGUUCGGUGAGGUCUGAAUUCAGGGGCUGUAACAGUUGAAAUGGAAUGUGUUCUCUCUUUUACAGUCUUCGUUUUGUAUAAUGCACAUUUUCUGCGUUGGCAAUAGCAGUUUUUGCAGGAGGAUGCGUUUCCCCAGAGCCUCAGAGUCAGAGGUGUACUGCUGUAUUUCAUGCUGCUAAUAUCUGCUUUUUGAGUUUCCCUCCAGUUGAUCCUUGAAGUAUGGAAGAGCCACAAAAGUUGCAACUGGAUGGGAUUUGGCGUUUUGAUCUGGUUUUACAGUUUUGGCUACAUUAUAUUUAUGCUCAAUGCAAGAACAUUCUACAUAGUACACGUUUAUGUGUUAAAAGCUGAAAUAGCAAUUUUGUUACAAGUCAGCAAGGAUUAGGGGUCUUUGGUUUACUUAUUUUUUUGUUCGUUUCAUUGAAAAUGAUUAAUGUUGUGACAGAUAAUAUGCAUACACAGGUCUACACCUUUGAAAUCUGAGUUUUGUAUGGGG